AACCUGCGGGAGUGGGUGUGUGUGGCCACUGGUGCCUGGGAGGAGGCGGAGUUGAGUGGCUGCAAGUCCCUGCAGCUAGCGGGAGAAUGAGGAGCUUGAUGCUGCUCUCAAGGAUGAGCGGUGGCCCCCUCAGGAGUGAGAUGACCUCAAUCUUGCGAAGCCCUAAGGCUCUGCAGCUUACUCUAGCCCUGAUCAAGCCUGAUGCAGUUGCUCACCCAUUGAUUCUGGAGGCUGUUCAUCAGCAGAUUCUGACCAACAAGUUCCUUAUUGUACGAAUGAGAGAACUACUAUGGAGAAAGGAAGAUUGCCAGAAGUUUUAUAAGGAACAUGAAGGUAAGGAAGUAGUAGUAGAAAAAUUUAUCUUGGGCACCUGUAUCUUCAUGAAGGUACUUCUCUUUGCAGGCCGUUUUUUCUAUCAGCGACUGGUGGAGUUCAUGGCCAGUGGGCCAAUCCGAGCUUAUAUCCUUGCUCACAAGGAUGCCAUCCAGCUUUGGAGGACACUGAUGGGACCCACCAGAGUGUUUCGAGCACGCCACAUGGCCCCAGAUUCAAUUCGUGGGAGUUUUGGCCUCACAGACACGCGCAACACCACCCAUGGCUCAGACUCUGUGGUUUCAGCCAGCAGAGAGAUUGCAGCCUUCUUUCCUGACUUCAGUGAACAGCGCUGGUAUGAGGAGGAAGAGCCCCAGUUGCGCUGUGGUCCUGUGUGCUACACAGAGGGAGGCAUCCACUGUGCAGCUGGAACAGGAGGCCCAGGACCAGCCUGAAGAGGGCCUAUCAAUCUAUGAAGAUUGGUAGCAAUUCCUAGACUUUUCUCCUAGAUCUCUGGUCCAGAACAUUCUCAUGGGACCAGGGAAGCCUGGGCUCAUGGUGCUAUUUCUACUUGGCAUCACUACUUGCUAGAGGGCCUAGGUCAUCACUGCAGAGCCUUUAGAAUCUAGCUGUCUACCUCUUCCCUAGAAUGUUCAUGGGUUGUUUUUUUUUUAAAAAAAAAAAAAACAACCUGAGAAGUAUUCAUCCUUCUUCAAGGAAGAGCUUGCCUAAUUGACCUGCCUGGAAAAUACAGUGACUAUGUAAACAACAUUUAGCUUGUCUUCCUUAAUAAAAGUCAGUGUUCUGAAUUCUCAGAA